ACUCUCUCUCUUUUUUUCCACUGUGUGCGCAGUGCUGCUCUCGUUGUGCUUCUGCUGCUCUGCGUUUCUAAGCUCUUGAACUUAAAGAGACGCUUUCCAAAUUUCAAACACGACUUUUCACCGACUACGAGCGGCAGCGCUUCACACGGACAGCGCGCGACAUCUUUCCUUUUUUUGUAAACUGCAGUUGCUGCAAUUUGCCUUUUUUUUCUUUUUCUUUUUUCUGUGGUUUCCACUUGCCGAAGCUUUUUUUUUCGUGGCACGCGCUUUCGUGCGCUGAUGUCCGUCGUCGUUUUGCGGCGGUUUUAGGGCUGCAGCGCGCGGCCAACAUCUGCGAUGGCGCUUAAAAGUUCGGUGCAGUGAGUGAGUGAGAGCGCGCGCGCUCGAGCGAGCUCGGCAACAACCUGUGGCAAACUAAACAAACGCACACCCCACGCACCCACUCAUACACGUGCACGCGCGCACUCACACAUAGCUAGCUAGCGACAAACCCCCCCCCCCGCCCCCCCCCCCGAAAUGUGCACGUGCUGUGCGUCUGGAGCGCGCGCCGCGGGAGUCUUCUCGGCGUGCUGCUGAGAGCCGCCAUGCAGCGCCUCGUGCUCCGGAGACGCGGGCGCGCGCUACGCCUCGCCUGCUCGCUCGUUGCGGUGGCGGCGCUCGCGCUGGCCGUCUGCAGCGCGCUGCUCACUGCGUGGACGUGGCGGCAGAGCAGGGAACUCAGCAGGUCCGUGCAGAGCCUGCAGGAGAGACUGGAGCAGGUCAAUAUGCAGCGCAAGGCUAUUGUCCAGCUCUUCCUGGAGAAGAGGGUAUUGUUUGAGAGCCAACGAGUGAGGAGAGAAGUAGCAGGUAAAAAGAAAGAAGGAAAAGGAAAAAAAGUGGCCUCACAUUUUGAGAUAACCAAAGAUUCUCUCCAAAAAGUGGGGAUUGAAGGAGUCAUUAAGGGCUGGACUGAACAGCAACUGAAUAUGGCCCAAGCCGUAGACUAUAACGCAGACAACGGCACAUUCAAAGUGAAGCGGAAGGGUGUCUAUUUUCUUUAUUGUCAAGUGCACUUCAAUGAGAAUCAGAGUCAGUAUGUGAAGCUGGAAGUGUCUGUCCCGAAAGGCCCCUCACUGCAGUGCAUGGAGGGAUAUGGCACAACUCCAGCAGCCGGCUCGCACCAGUUCCACUUCCUGAAGCCCUGCCAGGUUUCUGGCCUGCUGCACCUAGACGAGGGGGCCGAGCUGAAAGCUGUGACUGGAAGCUCCUUCACUCUGCAGGUCUCAGGCAAACAUUACUUUGGCCUCUUCAAGGUGAACUAGGGGACAGCUGUCGACUACAUUUCAUUUUCGGAGGGAAAUGACAGUCACUAGUCACUGGCUCCAAGGACUGUUACUGCUAUUGUUUCAUUACACCUGCAUCUGCCUUACGUCUUCAUUAAGCCUGAUGCCUCUGCUUCUGGUCGAGCCCGUGCAGUUGGGGGCAUUGUAUUGUCUGGACUGAGAAAGGGAUGUUUCCAGUGGCACCUGUCUGAGUUUAAAUGAUGACUGUGCAUGCGAUGGUGCAUGGCAUAAAUAAAGGAUCAAUCAGGAUUUUGGAAGACGAGGAAACCUAGACUGUUGGUUCGUUUCUUCAGUGGAUCUAUUUUAGACUGACUUGGUCUGGACACUAAGUGGCCAAAAAGGUGUGCUUAGAAGUGUAGCAUUUAAUUGUAACAUACUAGAGACAUUGCUCCUGGACCAAGGCUGCCUUAGAGUGUGGCACAGUCAGACCGAACACAUGGCUGGGGCCACUGGACAUGGUAGCUUUUACCACUGAUUGCUGGGCUGGACCUAAAUAUUGCGUGCUGAACUGCAUAGGCCAACUAUGGGGUUGGUUUUUUGGAAAAAAAAAAAAAAAUGUUUUGGCUUUGGGACAAGGAUUUUAAGUAACCAACGAUGCACCAAAUAACCCUCUGUUUUAUACUGACCUUCACAGACACUUUUCCCUAUUAAAUCUGACAUUUUUUGCUUUCUACAGUGUCUACAGUACUGUACUGUAAAGAGGUUUUGAAUUCAGAUUGUGAAAUUACAGUACGGGUUGGCGGCUCUGGGUUCGUUGAUGGAUAUGAAUCUUCUAAUGUCACAAAAUGCAUUUUUGUUUUUCUGUUUUUAAUACAGUGCACCGUUUUAUACAUUUUUUUAAAGGAAAAGUUACAGACUCUUAUACUGUCAUUAUUUGCAUUUAUUCUUACUGAUUAGUGAUGUAUGAAAAAGCUAGUGUUUCAUUGUGACCAAAAAUAUAUAUAAAUGUCUCUUGGCCUUAAGGCUUUUAUAAGUAUUGCCAUAACUGUUAAUUAAAACUGAAAUGGAAACUUU